GACAUCAUCUCGGCAAAUCAAUCGGAUCAAAAUCACGGUGCAGUGGAGUGGAGAAGCUUCCAGCGAGACGUCGACGGUAAGAGCUCUACCGGCGAUGUAGCGACGCGGAGUAGAAGAGAGAGACUUCACGGCGAGGAACGAGGAACGACGGCAGUUAGAUCUGGGGACUGGAGAUUUUGGAGGCUUCAUAGGGUCGCCGCUUGAUGGGGGAGGUCGACUCCGGCCCGGUGAAUCUAUACCACCGUCGAUGGUCUCCGGAUCUACUCCCUACUGCCUUCAAUUCUCACGACUGAGCAUGGAGCCUCACGACAAAGGAGCUCGGUUCUCUUCUUCCUCCUCAAAACUGCUCUACGGUGGUGGGAUGGCAACGGAUCUUGGAUCACCAUCUCCAUUCGGCUCGUGUCGUCCAGGCUCACCGGAGGUUUUCUGUUCCGGGGAGGUUCUGCAGUUCUUGGACGGCGGCUCAAGCGUGUUCUACGUUUGAGAUUAGGAUUUUCGUUUCCGGUUUAGAUCGGUUACGUUUAACCGAAUCGGUUUUGUUUUUGAUGGUUUUGUUGGGUUACUGUUAGUGGAUUGGGCCCUAAGGGGAUAUGUAUGGGCUUAAUUCCGGAAAUAGCCCAAUGGACAUUUAUUUAUAAAAUUUGAAUACCCUU